GGCGGUCCAAAGAAUUUAAGAGUAUUACUCCGUAAUAAAUUAUUUACAGAUUAAAAAAAUCAAUUAUUUUCUUCAUUUCUUUAUUUUCUCAACUACAUCGUCAUCCCCAGAGAGAUCGAUCACAAAUUAGUACAAAUUGCAGAUAGGAUUGCUCACUUUUUACUUGCCUUGUUCUUCUUAAUGUUGUGAUUCUAACAUCGAUAUUAAUUAAGCAUUCUUCUUGACAAGUGAUGAACGGGAUGAUGGAUCCGGAGCUGUUCAAAAUCGCUCAAGAACAAAUGAGUCGCAUGUCACCCGCUGAGUUGGCUCGGAUUCAGCAGCAGAUGAUGUCUAAUCCUGAUCUGAUCAGAAUGGCUUCUGAAAGCAUGAAAAAUUUGAGGCCUGAGGACUUGAGGAAUGCUGCAGAGCAGUUGAAACACACCAGGCCAGAGGAAAUUGCCAGUAUUGGCGAGAAGGUGGCCAAUGCAUCACCUGAAGAAAUAGCUUCUAUGCGUUCCCAUCUAGAUGCACAGGUUACUUAUGAAUUCAAUGCUGCUCAGAUGCUGAAGAAGCAGGGAAAUGAACUUCACAACCAAGGAAAGUUCAGUGAGGCCUCACAGAAAUAUACGCUUGCAAAGAAAAAUUUGAAAGGGGUUCCUGAGUCUAAAGGGAGAAAUCUUAAAAUGGCAUGUUCUCUGAAUUUGAUGUCGUGUCACUUAAAGACUGGACAUUAUGAUGAGUGCAUAAGGGAAGGUACUGAGGUUUUGGGAUAUGAUGCAGACAAUGUUAAAGCCUUUUACAGGAGGGGUCAAGCAUAUAAAGAACUAGGGCAUCUAGAAGAUGCAAUGUCUGACUUAACUAAGGCACAUGAAAUUUCUCCUGCUGAUGAAACUAUUGAAGAUGUCCUAAGGGAUGUUAGUGAAAGGUUGGAGAAACAAGGAAGGAGUGGGCAUGCUUCAAAAAAGUUGGUCAUUGAAGAGAUAACUGAAGAGGAGCAGGAUGUGUCAUCUAAAAACAAUGGAAGUUCAGUCGCCAAUUGUGUUUUGACGCAAGCACAAGGAAAAAAAGGAGAAACUUCUAAUUCUGAGUGUUUGCAAGCUUUAAAAGAUGAUCCUGAAUCAAUCAGAUCCUUCCAAAACUUUAUUUCUCGUGCGGAUCCGGAGACUUUCGCUUCCAUGAGUGGUGCAAAUGUGGAAGGCAUACCACCAGAUAUGGUGAAGACUGCCUCUAAUGUUAUCGGAAAGAUGUCCCCUGAAGAGCUUCAAAAAAUGGUUCAAAUUGCUUCCUCAAUCCAAGGAGAUGCCUCAUUGGGAAAAGGUGGGCCGUCAAACUCAAACAGUGAUUGCUUUGGUCCUGGCAUAACACCACCAAAUAUGACGCCUGACAUGAUGAAAAUGGCGUCUGAUAUUAUGGGCAAGAUGUCUCCUGAAGAUCUCCAAAAUAUGUUUCAAAUGGCAUCAUCUUUUAAACAAAAGAAUCCUUCAGCAGCUUCUGCAGGUGUAUCCUGUUCUAAUGAACAGUCCAGAGGUCAAGAUGCUCGAGACAAUUUCAAAAGAACUAGUAGUACACCCCAGACUAGUUCAAUUUCAAGAAAUGAUUCUAAUUCUACUUUAUCAAGCACAAAUACUGAUCUGCAAGAGCAAGUGAGAAACCAAAUGAACGAUCCGGCGAUGCGUCAGUUGUUUCCCUCCUUGAUUAAAAACAUCAGUCCGGAGAUGAUGGCUAAGAUGGGCCAGCAAUUCGGACUUGACCUUUCUCAGGAGGAUGCAGAAAAAGCUCAGCAGGCCAUAUCAUCUUUAUCACCAGAUGACUUGGAUAGAAUGAUGAAAUGGGCAGAUAGAAUUCAAAGAGGGGUAGAGGGUGCGAAAAAGACGAAGAAUUGGAUUUUGGGAAAGCCCGGUAUGAUCUUAGCAGUACUUAUGCUGCUCUUGGCCAUCCUUCUUCACUGGCUCGGCUUCAUAGGCCGUUAGUUUCCUAUCAUUCAUGUUUCUCAUGGGCGAAGAAAGUGACACCCCUGACCCGGCAUAUUCAUUACUAUCACAAGUAGUACUGUAGUUGACAUUUAAACUGGAAAAGUCUUUUAUGUUGUAUGUGAGACAGGUGUCGUAUAUUUUGUUGAUGUCUAUGAUAGGUUAACUGCCAUUUUGUACUACUCGUACUUGGCGAUCUAUCCCAUUAUUAAAUCAUUUUCUCUCAAUCCCUCGUGUGAAUACUAGGUGGAUAUCAAGUAAAAGUAGUACAAAAUGGCAGAACAGAACAGUAAUUCACCCUCAUUUCCUUGUGAAAUCAUGUUGCUACUUUAUUUUAUACUACUACUUCGAUGGAUAUGUAAAAUGUAGAAAGAAUAUACAACAGAAAUUAUGUAUUAUUGCAUUACAGAGAUCAUACAA